AUGGCUAACGUUGCAGUCAACAGUCAAUCUCCUGGCCUUUCACAUAGAAAUGUACCAGCUAAAGAACAAAAUGCCAAUGAAAAGGAGGAAACUUUUCGUAUCAAAAAACGGUUAACGUUGGUUGAUGGAAUUCUUUUAGUCACAGGUAUGGUUAUUGGAUCUGGUAUUUUUAUAUCACCGAAGGGCGUUCUUUUCAACACUGGCUCAGUGGGGCUUGCUCUGGUGAUCUGGGUUGUUUGUGGAAUAUUUUCUCUCAUUGGUGGUCUGUGCUAUGCAGAGCUGGGGACAACGAUUCCCAAGUUUGGGGGAAUAACCAUUUACUUAUAUGAAGCGUUUGGGCCUUUUGUGGCAUUCCUGCAUCUUUGGAUGAUGAUUGUCAUAGAGAAACCCACCAGUGUAGCCAUUAUCAUUCUAGUGUUCGCCGAUUAUAUCUUAUAUCCCGUGUUUUAUGAGUGUCAAUCACAGUUGACAAGACAACUGUUGGCUGUGGCUGGUGUCCUUUUCCUGUCAUUCGUGAAUGUUUGUAGUGCACGAUGGAGUGUUCGAUUGAAUAACUUCUUGUCAUAUUCUAAAAUACUGGCCACCACGAUUAUUAUUGUUACAGGAUUAGUGUACCUAGCACAAGGCCACGCAACAAACUUUGAGAAAAGUUUUGAAGGGAGUACCACAUCUGCUGGAGACAUUGCAUUGGCGAUGUAUUCAGGUUUAUGGGCCUAUUCAGGAUGGACCUCUUUGAAUGUUGUGUCAGAAGAAAUGAAGAACGUGAAAAGAAAUUUGCCGUUAGCUGUUGUCUAUGCUCUAAUCAUGAUUACUUGUAUUUAUUUGCUGACUAACAUCGCCUAUUUCACUGUCAUGUCUCCACAAGAGCUAUUAGUGUCAAAUGCAGUCGCAGUGACAUUUGCCGAUUCCACUUUAGGCGUGAUGGCCUGGAUUAUGCCAGUAUUUGUCGCCUUAUCAACAUUGGGUGCCACUAAUGCGACUAUCUUUGGUGCUGGAAG